UUGUCUGGACCUGUGAGCACGUGUUCCAGCAGCCACCCUAGCCCGCUGCAUCCAAGACCCUGAACAUGGCGGAUAUGUCCAACGGCGAGCAAGAUCUCUUCAGCAUUGUAGCUGCCCAGGGGGAGCUUGUGAAAUCCCUCAAAGCUCGGAAUGCAUCAAAGGAUGAGAUUGACUCUGCAGUACAAAUGUUGUUAUCAUUAAAAAUGAGCUACAAAGCCGCCAUGGGGAAGGAGUACAAGGCUGACUGUCCUCCAGAGAAAAAGGCAUCCGGGGCCAAUAGUGAUCCUAAUUCUGGGGAAGAGGAUUUUGUGGACCCAUGGACAGUACAGACAAGCAGUGCAAAAGGCGUUGACUACGACAAGCUCAUUGUUCGGUUUGGAAGCAGUAAGAUUGACAAGGAGCUGAUCAACCGGAUCGAGAGAGCCACUGGCCAGAGACCGCACCACUUCCUGCGCAGAGGCAUCUUCUUCUCACACAGAGAUAUGAAUCAAGUCCUGGAUGCCUAUGAGAAUAAGAAGCCGUUUUAUCUGUACACGGGCAGAGGCCCCUCCUCGGAAGCCAUGCACGUAGGUCACCUCAUCCCGUUCAUUUUCACAAAGUGGCUGCAGGACGUGUUCAAUGUGCCCUUGGUCAUCCAGAUGACCGAUGAUGAGAAGUACCUGUGGAAGGACCUGACCCUGGAUCAGGCCCAUGGCUAUGCCGUGGAGAACGCCAAGGACAUCAUUGCCUGCGGCUUUGACAUCAACAAGACUUUCAUCUUCUCCGACCUUGAUUACAUGGGUUCCAGCCCCGGCUUCUACCGGAACGUGGUGAAGAUCCAGAAGCAUGUUACCUUCAACCAAGUGAAAGGCAUUUUUGGCUUCAGUGACAGUGACUGCAUCGGGAAGAUCAGUUUUCCCGCCAUCCAGGCUGCUCCUUCCUUCAGCAACUCCUUCCCGCAGAUCUUCCGAGACAGGGCCGACAUCCAGUGCCUCAUCCCUUGUGCCAUCGACCAGGACCCGUACUUCCGGAUGACGAGAGACGUGGCCCCCAGGAUCGGCUACCCCAAGCCUGCCUUGCUGCACUCCACCUUCUUCCCCGCCCUGCAGGGGGCACAGACCAAGAUGAGCGCCAGCGACCCCAACUCCUCCAUCUUCCUCACCGACACAGCCAAGCAGAUCAAGUCCAAGGUGAACAAGCACGCGUUUUCCGGAGGGCGGGACACCGUGGAGGAGCACCGGCAGUUUGGAGGCAACUGCGACGUGGACGUGUCCUUCAUGUACCUGACCUUCUUCCUGGAGGACGAUGACAAGCUGGAGCAGAUCAGGAAGGACUACACCAGCGGCGCUAUGCUCACCGGGGAGCUCAAGAAGACGCUCAUCGAGGUCCUGCAGCCCCUCAUCGCCGAGCACCAGGCCCGGCGCAAGGAGGUCACGGACGAGAUGGUGAAGGAGUUCAUGACGCCCCGGAAGCUGACCUUCGACUUCCAGUAGCGCCUGGUCCGGCCGCACAGGGAGGCGCCGCUCCCCGCAGCCCGGCCCGCCGAGCCCAUGCCCCCUGCGCGCUCUGGGUCAG